AUGGCUUGCAACAGUUGGGAGAAGCUGUGUAAGGCUCAGCGCGACUACCCAAAAGCGAAGUUCGCAGACUCGUUCGUACAAAAAUCGCUCAAGAAGACGCCCAAGAACCCAUUUCUCUUGGCAUGGAAAGCUCGGUUAUGUCUUACGUUGAACAAUGUGGACACCGAUGUAGCAAGUCUGGUACAACAGGCCUGGGAGCAGCCAGGGGUGAACGAUAUUCGGCUUCUGUCCUACUUAUAUAAGAUCUUAGCCGACGCUACGCGGAGGGAUCAGAACAACAACCUGAACAUCAGCGGAGUGGGUGAUGGGAACCUCAAAGUUUGGCAACGUGCUGCGAAAGCCUUGGGACGCAAGGAAGACCGUCAAGAUCUCUGGUCUGCUCUAGCGAAUGUGGCAUUGGCGGAGGAAUGCUGGGAAGACUUCCGCCUGGCUGUCUUUCACUACAGCAAAGAAACCAAGGAGGGCGCUGGAUCAACAUCUGCAAAAAAGCAUGCUCACUUCACGCAAACACUCGCUAUUCAACUCGCAGCCGAACAGCAGCGUGGGCUUCCCCAGGGCGAGAUGAAAAGCAAACUUCAAUUCGACCUGGCUCGUAGACUUUUGAAACAAGCAUACGAGGCGGCUCCAGAUGACCCCAUCGCUUUCAAGGAUAUACGCGACUUGCGUUUUAUGGGCGAGAUCUUCGCGCGGCAAGCGAAGUGUAGCGAGCUGUUCGAACACUGGAACCACCCGCCUGCAGCCCUCCAGGACCUUAUGACGAAACAUCGGGGUGACUUGUGGGGCAUGAAGAUUAGACUUGCACGGCAGAGUAAAGAAUGGUCUCUACUUGAAAGCCAGUGUCUUGCGUACGUUGAGCGCAUUAUAUCACAGCAGGAAAGGUCGCCUGAAGGUUUUGUCGCAAUAUACACACUCCUCUGGAUUCACGAAGAAGCUAUGCGCAACGAAGAGCCCGAUCAUCCGUUCGGAAAUACGCCAAACUCACGAGUUCUCCUUCAAGCUGCAAUGUUAGCGCGCCAUUUGGUGGCGAGCGAUAAAGAAAAGCAAAACAGACCGCUGGCACUACUUGCUGCACGGCUGCACCUAAACCUCGGUCUAGGAAAAUCCGCUUUCCAGUUGUACAGCCACACCAAAUGCAAGGAGAUGCUAGUGCAUACUUUGUCACCAUAUGUUCUGUCACGCAUCUCACUGACACAUCCAUUUGGUGCCAAAGGCUACCAAGGAUUCUCAGCCGAAGAGGAACUAGGAAAAGCUGUCGGGACAAUGGAGAGGAUGGAACGCAAGCUUAAUGAGGCAGUAUGUUCUGAUCUCCAGUCGCUUCCAUGGGAUCAAGCUAUGGAACUCUUGGCCGCGAAACGGGAUUUCAAGUCGAGCUUGACAAAGCACAUAUGCAACACAGAGAGCCGUCGGAUAGCACGACUCAAGGGUGAACCGAUCGAUAAUCUUCCCGUUAUCGACCCAAGUAGCUACCGGAAUAUCAAGGACGUCGUGGAUAGAACCAUAUUCCCCAACUACGAGCACAGUCAGCAUCCUGGACCACUUUCAUACAUCAUGCCCAACGGCCUUCCUGAAGUUCAUUGGCUGGCCAAGAGCCUUGAUAUCUGGGACGCGAGCAGUAGACUUCUCUAUAGAGAGACACAGGUGUUGGAGUUCCAGGGCAAAUGGAUACACCAAGUUGCCAUGCCUCCGGAUCAUGUCUGGGAAACUGAGCCUGACAUGACGCUUGCGGAAUACCAAGUUGAGGACACAUGGGAUGCAAUCAACCUCAUCGUUAAGACGAUGACCUUGCCAGGACUUUCCUUCGAAGGGCUUCCUGGGGUACUGGAAGCACUUCUGGAACAGGUUUCCGAAAUGCGACUUGCAAUGGAGAACCUGCGUAUGCCUGGCGCCACGCACCAAAAACCCGAAGACGAACCCACCAUGUUCCACGAGAAUAUGCUAAUGUCCUGCUAUACCAAGCUCGAAGUCCUGCGCGCACUCAUCAAGUUGAUCGAACACCUACGCGAGAAGGUCAUCAAUGCGAAGACCCACCGCAUGAAGGCCAUGUUGCCAAAGAACUGGGUCAAUGAUAUGGAAAUUGAGACGAAGAAUUGCUUCGAGGCGGUACGGGAUGUGGCGCAUAGCUACAUCAACCUCAUCGAACAGAGAGGUCGUGCUGCGAUCAAGGCGCAGGUGCAGUGGGGCAAGACGGGUGAGGCACUGAAGCAUGUGCUGAGUGACGACGAUGUCGACUUCUACGCAACUGAAUAUGUUGAUAGCGCACUACAGGCAUGGAGGGGUGUGCUACAGGUUAAACUGAAGUAG